AUCCAGUCGGGUUUCAUGGACUAGAAGGGAUGGCAACGCGGGCCAGACUUGUAGGCUUUCUCUCAAUAUUGUGUCUUUUGAAAAUAAGUAAUGGAUCGGCAACUGGGGGAAGGCGAGGAUAUGUAGACAAAUGUUCUGUGAAGCAGGGCUUCCUAUCAAGUUCAGAUGAGAGUGGAAGGAGAUUGGGUGUCACGUUCCGGAAUGACAACUGCUCCUUAAACUGGAACCCUGUGGGGAAGCAUGCCAUCCAUGAGGUCAGCAAUGUCACCUUCAGCCAUCUGUCCUGUGACAGCCAGGCAGCCGUGCUGGUCCACUGGAUGGCCAGUCCUCUUGGAAUUGAACAUGUGAAAGGCUUCCGGGUGUAUCUAGAGGACAAGAACCCUGAGGGGAAGCAGUGCCAACACAUGAUCCUGAAAGAGCCGCGUCAGCUGAAUUUCUCCUAUAAAAAUGUAAGAAUGAGUUCACAGCCAUUUGUUGGUCUUGCCUUUGAGGCAGACUACAUGGUGAGAAUCGUUCCUUUCCCCACAUUUAUGAAUGACAGCUGCUGUCCUCCCUCAUUCCUGCGCACUAACAGCUGUGAGGUGCUCCUUGGCCCAGACAACAUUGUAUGCAAACCAUUCUGGAGGCCGAAGAUGCUCAACGUCUCCCAAAUAGGCUCCAACUUGCAUGUGGUGUUUGACCAUGCUCCUUCUACCUUUGGCUUUGCCAUCUACAACGUGUACUACAAGCUGAGGCAAGAGGGGCCUUUCCGGCUGAAGCGCUGCAAGCCGGAAUCCAACCUACCCAAGACAACAUGUAUACUACAGGAUGUGACUCCAGGAACUUAUGCAAUAGAGCUGCGAGAUGACAACAACACCACCCGGAGACAAACCCAGUAUCAUGUCAGCCAAGUUCACUCUCCCUGGGCUGGCCCCAUUCGAGCUAUGGCCAUCACUGUCCCACUGGUCAUCUUGUCUGCUUUUGCCACUCUCUUCACGGUCAUGUGUCGAAAGAAGCAACAAGAGAACAUUUACUCUCAUCUGGACGAGGAGAGCUCCGAGUCCUCCUUGCACACCACUGUCCUCAGCACGGAGCGGCCUUGGCCUCGGCCCAAAGUCUUCAUCUGCUACUCGAGCAAAGACUGCCCCAAACACACGGCAGUCAUCCAGUGCUUUGCCUUCUUCCUACAGGAUUUCUGUGGUUGUGAGGUGGCGCUGGACCUGUGGGAACACCUGCAGAUGUGUAAAGAGGGCCAGAUGUCCUGGCUCAGCCGCCGCCUGGACGAGGCCCACUUCAUCAUCAUCGUCGGCUCCAAAGGCCUGAAAUAUUUUGUGGAAAGGCGCCACAGGCGGGGAAAAGGGCCUGCAAAGGAUCGGAACCGAGAUCGAGUCAAAGACCGCGCCAUCCCUACGACCUCCGAUCUGAGUAGUCGGGACACCUUCGGGGUGGCUGUGGCCAUGAUUGCAGAGAAAGUCCGCGAGGCUCAUCAGACGGCCGCAGACCUCUCGCGCUUCAUGGCCGUCUACUUUGACUACUCCCAUGAGAGCGACGUGCCCACAUGCUUGGCCCCCGUGCCGCGCUUCAAGCUGAUGGACCAGCUGCCUCAGCUGUUCGCCAGGCUUCAUUCACGCCAGCUCAGCCUGCCUGACCGGGAGCCGCAGCCACCCAACGUCAGCAAGCGCAACUACUUCCGCUCCAAAUCUGGCCGCUCGCUCUACGUAGCCAUCUGUAACAUGCAUCAGCACAUCGCCCAGGAGCCUGAUUGGUUUGAGCAGCAGCUUGCUCCUCCUCCUCCUCCACCCAUUCCAGGUCCCAAACGUGGGGCUGCUUGCGCCUCCACCUCUGCGGAGUCCUCCAUGGAGACGCUUGACUCUGGCGUGGUCUUGAACGAGGUGGUGCUGAAGCGUCCUUCAGAGAGUGACUGUCCUGUCCAGAUCAGUGUCUUCCUGCCUGCGUCUCUCAGCCUGGCCGCCGGCUCGCUCCCUGGCCUGUCCUGCAACGCUGUGGACUCUCCAGUAGAUGGCGACGGCCCCUCUCCCUCACAAGAGGGAUCGUCCAGCCCCCCUGAAAUGCCACGCGACUCGGGGAUCUACGACUCCUCUGUUCCGUCAUCAGAGCUGUCCAUCCCCUUGAUGGAGGGGCUGUCCCCUGACCAGGCUGAUUCCUCCUCACUGGCCGACAGCGUGUCCUCGUCCUCUGGUUUAGGUGAUGAGGAGAUAUCUGCUGUCAGUCCAGUGAACUGCACUCUGCCCAACAUCUGCAAAGUGGAGCUCCAUCACAACCUGGAGCCCAGCAAAGGACUGACUGCUGCUGCGACAUCUUAGCACUGUCUACAGGAAGGUGCAUCGACACUUUAGCGCUCCAGCCUGGCCAGCCCAUCACACUCCUCUCAGGCACAGGGCCUCCCAUCUCACAUGGACUCUGGGGUCUGUGGAGAAUGGAUGUGAACCAAUGAGGGGGCUGGUGAUUUGUAUGGAUAGAGGCCUUGAUGGACCACAUGUUUCUGGGAGAAGAGCCGAGUGCCGUACAACCAGACCAGCAGUGUAUGUGCCGUAACCAUAGCGCCCCUCCCAUACAUCAGUGUCCCAUACAUCAGGAGAUAGAACACAUUCACUACGUGUCAUCCAGCACAGGACUAGCGUUAAGCCUGGAAACUCCAAAUGGACGGUGGAGAUCAGUUUGUCAUUUGGUUUCGACUGUUGGAACGGGUGAAUGUUCUUUGUUUUUUUAUUUAUUAUGUGUGUCAUUUUUAUACUACAGCUAAGAGAACUAAAUUUCAUGAACGUGAAACAUGAAACGUCAAAGUGUUGUGUAGCACUUUUGGAGAGUAACAUUUGAUGGAUGGAUAGAUGGUUUCACUGAAUGGUCCAUUUUACUUGGGCUGUUCUUUUUCAGUUGUAAAGGCCCAAUCAAACAGAAAACACUGACUUGAUCAAGAUUGCCACUCACCAGUGAUUGAUCAGUGUGAUAUUAUAAAUUGACCUUCUUUGAUUUUCCAUGUUUUACUGUGUAAAAUAUUAUCUUUGGAGUUACAUAAUAUGUUUACAUAUAUGCCAUUUACAGCUCUGUAAGAAACAACAGCUAGACAACUAGUAGAACUUUUUAAUUUGUUAAGUUACUCUUGUGAACUUUGCUCCAUUCAAGUUUCAUUAAGCUUAGAUUAGAGAUGAUUUCUAAAUUACUGUACUGUUUUAUAGUACUGUCAUGUAGGAAGUCUUGAAUAAAUGUUCUUCGGUGUUAUAUACAACAA